AUGGCUAGUAGGAUCAGAACAGUGCUCGACUCUACCGCAACCAUGGAUGGCAGGAUCAGAACAGUGCUCGGCCCUAAAACCACCGCAGAAUCACCAGAGUUUCAACACUGGUGCAAAAAGAUGUUCGCACUCAAGUUAAUCGAUAAUCAGCUUUUGAUCUGCUGCGAGGGGAAACCUGUUACAAUUUGGGAGAAGCUGUUUAGAAUUUUGACACAAGCUCAUCAGCAAUGCCAACAUGGAGACCUGCACAAGACUUCACUUGAAGUUGAAAGGAUCUAUUUCAAGUUACAGGACCUCGCUCCUACCACGUCCAUGCCACCACCAAGACAAAGCCAAUUUCGCUAUGAAUCUGAUGGUUCUGUUCAGCUCCCUUCCUUUAAAGAAUUAAUCGCUACACUCCCGAAAGCCGCGCGGCAAAUUAAAACAGCAGAUGUGGCCUGCUGUAGUGAAAUGGAAGCAUUCCGUCAAAGGCGGGUGGGUGCUGCCUCCAGAGGGUUGUGUGAAGAUCUAGGAUGGACCCAGCCGUGUCAAACUCAGGGGGAUGCAACUACUAAAAUCUCCACCCAACCACAUCGAGAGGACUCACCAAGCGGUCGCGAACCUUGGGGCGUUUUGCCAAAGAACUUCGAGGUAUAG